CUAACAGCACAUCUUCUCUAAGAAACACUUGUUUGUUUGUUUUUUAACCUUCAGCCAAAGGAUAUUUUGUGGCAGUUCCAAAUGCAGAAGGAAGACGCACGGCGGUGGAAACUUUCUGUCACAGUGCUACGAGGAAGUUUCCAGCAUUCAUAUGACCUCUUUUCAUGGCCUGACCUCUAUGUGACCUUACACCUACCCACGGCCUCAGUUUGUACUCUGAGAACAAGGACAAUCAAUAACUGCAAGACACCUGAGUGGAAUGAGACCUUCUGCUUUCAUGUCUACAGCCAGGUCAAGAAUAUACUGGAGCUGAAUUUGUAUGAUGAAGACCUUGUCAAGGAUGAACUAUGCACCAGUAUCCUGCUUGACAUCAGUACUCUCAAACUGGGUCAGAAAGAGACUAAGGUCUUCAUUACAGAUGAUAAGCGGAAGGACAAGCUGUGGGUGGAAUUUGAGAUCACAGAGAGUGUUGAAGCAUCUGGUCAGUACUGCUCUAAUGGCGUGCUAGUGGCCGCCCCUCUUUCUACUCUGGAGGUGAAGCUAAGCAAACUGCCAAAGGACUUUCGACAUGACAUGUUGUUAACCUUAAGAGGGGCGUAUAAUGAAAACCAAGUGAUCUCAAUGUCCAAGAACAGCAACCUCAUGCAGAUUCUUCACUACUACAUCAACAGAUACCUGGAGACUGAGAUUGGACUCUGCAUGUUGAAGAAUGAUAGAACCUCCAAACCAGCAGUAGUCCCUGUAAGCCUUUUUGCAGCCACAAGUGAAUUUACACUUACUCUUCCUGUGGAAAAGGACAAGGUAGAGUUGAAUUUAAACAGAGUGGACAGCUCUGAGAAGGACAUGAAGGUGCGUCUGGAUUUUGAUAUACCUGCAGAGGAGAAGGCGUUUCUGGUGAAGAGGAAAGAGGUGGUCUCUCGUGCACUGCAGAAAAUUCUUAACCUUCAAACUCCUUUGGAUCCCACAAAGGUGCCAACAGUGGCUGUGGUGUGUUCAGGAGGCGGCUCCAGGGCCAUGACAGGCAUGUACGGCUCCCUGAAAGGACUGCAGAGCCUCGGCCUGCUCGAUGUCAUCACCUACAUCACCUCAGUUUCUGGCUCCACCUGGGGCACUGCUAGUCUCUACUCUGACCCAUUUUGGUCAAAGGAAGGCCUGGAUAAAGUGAUAGCAUCUACUCAGAAGGAGUUGGCUAAGAGCCCAGCCAGUGUCUUCUCUCCUACACGCCUUCAUUAUUAUCACCCUGAGCUGGAAAACAGGGAGAAAGAAGGCUACUCAGUCUCAUUAGUUGAUACCUGGGGACUUGUUAUAGAGCAGCUCAUCUUUGGAAAGGAACAUACAGAUACACUGUCUGACCAGAAGAAGGCAGUCUCUGAGGGCCAGAACCCACUCCCAAUUUAUACAGCAGUAAACAUGCAGGACUCAAGUGGUUCCACCAUCCCUGAGUGGUGUGAGUUCACCCCAUUCGAAGUAGGAUUCUCCAAAUAUGGAGCAUUUGUCCCUGCAGAAAAUUUUGGGAGUGAGUUCUACCUAGGUCAUGUGGUGAAGAAGCUGCCAGAAACGCGCAUCUCCUUCCUCAUGGGCAUUUGGAGCAGUGUUUUCUCUAAUAAUUUGAUGCAGUUGUGGAAUACAUUUACUGGAGUGACACCAUCCUCCACUGGAGAAAUGGUAGACAAGAUUGAGACAGAUGGGAAGCGUCCAGCACUGGAUACUUUACGGGUCGAUUCAGAUGCUUCAGCAUUUUCCAAGUUUUUGAAUGAUCGCCCCAUCAUCAGCCGUGUGUUUAACUUCCUUAGAGGAUUCUUCCUGCACAACUUGUACACCAAAAGUCCAAAUUUCGACAUCUCAAAUGAGACAAACCUGGAUGCCUUUCCAAACAAGCUGACACCCACGGACCCCACACUUAGCUUAGUGGAUUCUGGGUUUUACAUUAACAUAGCCUUUCCUCCUGUGCUGCGCCCACAGAGAUGUGCCGAUUUCAUUCUUUCCCUCAGCUAUUCCUGGGAUGAUGAUCCAUUACAGGUCGUGAAGGACACUCAGCAAUACUGCAUUGUCCACCAGGUGCCAUUCCCAAAGAUAGAUUUCAGCAAGUACACAUCUCAGCCCAAAAAGGAAGUGUAUGUUUUCAUGGAUGAGCAGAAUCCUGAUGCUCCCAUAGUGCUCCACUUCCCGCUGGUCAAUGUCUCAUUUAAAGAAUACAAAGCACCAGGAGUAAAGAGAAGAGGAAUGAAGGAGCUAGAAGAGGGAAAUAUUGAUGUGAGCACAACGUCCUCUCCAUACGUAACCUCAAACCUCACAUAUUCUUCACAAGAAUUCCAAAGAAUGGUGGACCUCUCCUACUACAACAUUGUCAACAACAAAGAAACCAUCAUAAAUGCACUAAAGAAAGUUUUAAACAAAAAGGGCUUGUUAGCAUGACCUUAGCUGAUUAUACAAAU